AUGAUUAAUAUGAAGAAAAUUUUAUCUUUAUUUGAUUUUAAUUUCGAUUCGAUUAUUUUUUUUCCAUCCACUUGUCAUUAUCCUCAAAGUGUACGAUGGACAUGUCCUCGAUUAACUGAUUUUACAUUAUUCGAAUCAUCUAUUGAAUUUAUUAUUGAUGAUAUGAAAUCUAUUCUUACUUAUAUGACAAAUUUAGUUAAAUUAACGUUAAGUAUUCAUGAUACAUUUGAUCCAUUAUUUUGUCAUGGUCCCACUAUUGAAUCAAUUUUAAAUGAAUAUCUUCCACAUCUUCUUCAAUUUCAUUACACAAUAACUCAUCAAAUUACGAAGCAAAUCUUAAUUGAAAAUUUUGUUCGAUGGUCAAUGAAUAUUACAUAUUAUUGUAUUUUAGCUACUUUUUCAACAAAUUCAAUAAUUCAACCUUCUAUUCAUCAUUUAAUUGUUAAACGUUGCUUAUAUAAUGAAAAAGAAAUGUCAAUACUUGCUCAUCAAUUUCCACAUGUUAAACAUUUAAAAUUAGAACUUCCAAUAGAUAAAUGUUCAUUUAUUAAUUGUUUAAAAAUUUUAGGUGCUCGAGAAGAUAGUUUUGAAAAGAAAAGCUGUUAUUGGACUGAAUUGGUCUGUUUUUCAACAGAAUUGUAUUCGGUACACAAAAGUAUUAUUUCAAAUGAAAGUCAAUUGUAUGAUUGGUUCAUUCGAUAUGCAAAUUUAAAAUAUGAGAAAAAUUCUCUUAAAGAUUAUUGUUCUUCAGCUUUAACUAUUUGGUACUGA